AUGGCUCCUCUGCUGUUUAAAGACGCCUUCUGGGGGUCGGACUUCACCUGUCACGCUGGAUACAGCGCUGUGAUCCAGAGGUUAUGUGACGGCAAGCAAAUGUGCAAAGAUGUGGAGGAGCUUUUAAGAAUGAGAGCCCAAGCAGAGGAGAAGUAUGGAAAGGAGCUGCUGACCAUUGCUCACAAACCUGGAGGGCACACGGAGAUUGGCACUUUGAAAGCCUCCUUUGAACAACUGAAAGCUCAAAUUGAGAACAUUGGAAACUUUCACAUCCAAAUAUCAGAUAUAUUGAAAGAGGAGGUGAAAAAGAUUGAGACAUUCAGAGAGCGUCAGAAAGAGCAGAGGAAGAAGUUUGAAAGCAUCAUGGAGAAGGUUCAAAAGAAAAAAGUUUCUUGUUUUAAGAGAACUAUGGAGGCGAAGAAAAACUACGAGAUGAGAUGCAAGGAGGCUGACGAGGCAGAGCAGGGGGCAGAGAAAACCAGCGUCCACUCAAAGAACUCUGAAAAGAUUCGUCACAGGAUCAAAAAUUGCAGACAUGCAGCCAGUGAAGCAGAGAAGCUGUAUUUGAGCAACAUUGAUCAACUAGAAAAUAUUCGCCAAGACUGGGAGAAGACCCACAAAAGCACGUGUGAGGUGCUGCAGCAGAUGGAGGAAAAUCGCAUCAGCAUGCUUCGGUGUGCUCUCUGGGACCACUGCAACCAUUUCUCCAUUCAGUGCGUCAGAGAUGAUGAGGUGAUGCUUUGCUUCUUGCUCAAAAUACUUUACCAGAAACAAGGUUGA